AUUACAACAUCCAUUGCUAUAUCAAGCCACGAACGCCCUACAAUCUUAACUACUCCACUCCCGACCUGACCCCUCAGCUUUAACCGAUCCCCGGAACUAUUUAUUUACCCUGGUCAUACCUUAAUCCCACCCGUCAACACCAGCCUCAACAAUUGCCGAUACCGACACUAUAUCUCCGGACUUUAUAUACGGGCGCAAUGACGCAGGAAUCUUCAGACUCGGGAGCUAUGCCCUCCCCGUCGUCUUUCGCCAAUUUGAUGGCCCUCAAGCCACUGGGAAAUGCCGAGGUCCCGCCUAGCCAGCCUGAAAGGGUCGAGCUGUUCCAAUCACUAGCAGUCCCAUUUACCCCGGGGAGUCGCGGUGUAGCAUUCGGAGGGCACGUCUACGCGCAGUCCGCCUACGCAGCAUCCAAAACCGUUAAAGCAGGCUUCGUCAUCCACGAUAUUGCCGGUACAUUCAUUUUACCCGGCCGCUUAGACGUUCCGUACAUUUACGCCGUGCGUCAUUUGCGAGACGGCAAGGGAUAUUGUAGCCGCGCAGUCGAUGUCCGCCAGGGCGGCGAGAUCUGUUUCUCGUGUUUAUGCUCGUUCAAGCGGGAUGAAGCACCGAUAGCGGUCAGCCAUCAGCCGCCACCCGUGCAGGAAAGAUUCAAAAAAAUUCUCGCGGCGCGGCGUCCCGAAGACCAACCGCCCAGCGUCGGUGUGGACGCAGACUUUUGGAUCGAGCUUCUAGAGAGUGGAGCCGUCUCCGAGGCGCCGUUUCCGGGGCUAGACGUGCGUAAAGUUGACAUGCUGGACUACAACACUACGGACGAGGUGAAAGCGGGGCCGGAAAAGUACCGUCAACUAACAAUGUAUUCAAUCCGGGGGUCGCCCCUAGAGGAGGCGUCAGGGCUGGCGAGUCGGGAAGAGCUGAAGAAAAGGGAGGACUCGGGGGAAUUCGACAACCUGUACGCCUGCGCACACAUGUAUUCCAGCGAUAAGAACUCCUUGCUGUUGAUUCCGCGUGCGCUGGGUUACAAGACCUUUGCAGCCAUGGCCAGCUUGACCUUGACGGUCGUUUUCCACCAGCACGGAAAGGCCUUGCGGAUGAUUGACUGGGAUUCAACGGAAGGGGGCGAAGAGCUUCCCAAGAAGUGGUUCAUCCAGGAAGGCUGGUCGCCCCGUUCUGGGGAGAAUCGCGCGAUCCACGAGAGCUGGCUGUGGAGCCCGGAUGGACAAUUGAUGGGCACUAGCUACCAGGAUAGCUUACUGAGACUUGCAGGCCGCGGGGAAAAGCUAUGAGCUGGACUCCACAGAGCGUUGAGGGAGAUGCUUCUACCAUUUGAAACUAGAGAUAGAUCUUAU